AUUAUAUCCUCUGUUUCUUCUUCCCAUUUUUCUCUGUUUUUUCCCCUUCUUUUCUACUUCAGCGAUCCAUAAAGAUUCAACUCUUAUUGCUUAAUCCGACAAGAAACCUCGAUUUCAAUUUCCGUGAUCUCUCUAAUGGGUAAUUGUUUGGAUUCUCCUGCACGAGUAGAUAACAGAGAAAGCUCUUUUGGAGAGUCAUCGAGAAUGACCACUAAACCGAGUAAACCAUCUCGCCUUUCAAGCCUUGCAAUACCAUCUUACAGCAACAGAAGCUUCACUAGUUCAUGGUCAGAACAGACACCAAGAAGUGAAGGAGAGCUCUUACCUUCUCCAACACUAAAGGCCUUUACAUUCAACGAGCUCAAAAUCGCUACUAGAAACUUCAAACCCAACAGUCUUAUCGGAGAAGGAGGUUUUGGUUAUGUCUAUAAAGGUUGGAUAGGUGAACAGUCGCUAUCACCUUCGAAGCCAGGGUCUGGAGGCGCAGAUCCAAUUCCGUGGAAGACAAGGAUGAAAGUUGCAAUAAGUGCAGCUAGAGGACUUGCUUUCCUCCACGAAGCUAAAGUCAUAUACCGAGACUUCAAGGCUUCUAAUAUUCUACUUGAUUCGGAGUUCAAUGCAAAGCUAUCUGAUUUCGGAUUGGCAAAGGCAGGACCAACAGGAGAUAGAACCCAUGUGACAACUCAAGUGAUGGGCACUCAAGGCUACGCAGCUCCUGAAUACAUAGCAACGGGCAGGUUAACCGCAAAGAGCGAUGUCUAUAGCUUUGGAGUGGUGCUGCUCGAAAUACUUUCGGGACGUCCCACGGUAGACAAAUCGAAACUAGGAGUGGAACAGAAUCUGGUGGAUUGGGCAAUACCUUAUUUGGUGGACAGAAGAAAAGUGUUUAGAAUAAUGGACACAAAGCUUGGAGGGCAGUACCCUCACAAAGGGGCUUGCGCAGCAGCCAACAUUGCAUUGCGGUGUCUAAAUACUGAAGCUAAGCUGAGACCGGAUAUGUCUGAUGUAUUGUCUACUUUACAACAGCUUGAGACUUUGACAAAGAAGGGCGCUACUCCAAACGCAAUCAUGUCUCCUUCAUCUAUGUUGGAGACUCGGAGAAUUGCAUGAGAUCUCUGUGUUUUAUGUGAAAGAAAUUUAGCGAUCCUUUUUGAGUCUGUUAUAUAUACUUUUGCGAGAUCAUAGGUCAGGUUGAAAAAGUAGACACAUAUAUAUAUAGUGUAUAUAUAUAUUUAUGGAAAAUUUUAUAAUAGGAUUUAUAUGAUCGAUGAACAUUUAUAAAAUAGACGAGUUUACAAUAUGUCAAUAUACAGCAAAGCUAUGCUUUAACGG